AUGGGAUGGCUGGGUGUUGUCAACCGAUUUACGACCAUUGACCAGAAGAAACCUCCCGUGGAGCAGUACAUACACUCGGUUAUCAGCAAAAAUUCACGACUUGCUGUUAUGAUGCAUCCCAUGCUUGCUCAACGUGUCCAUCACAUGACGGCCAUCAUGUUUGAUUAUGCAUACAAGCGAAUCGAAGGGGAACUGAAUGAAUGUGACGCUGCAGGAUUUUCGAAUUCACUCAAUACUUAUGCAAAACUCAAGGUCAUUGUUCUUGAUGGCGACAUUGCUCAAGCGCUUGGACUUGGCAUGUUUCUUGUCAACUACAACAAGCCAGAAAUCAGCAGAAUCCACACCACUGAUCCAGCCGAGAUCAUCUCCUACUCUCUCAAGAUGUGUUCGGUUCACUUUCAACGUCAUAUCAACGAACUCCCGAAAACCAUCCCCUUGAAUAUAAUUGCGCUUGCAAAGUCGAUCUUGACUGCAAAAACUCAAGAGGAGAUUGAUCACUGGCAUUCCGUGAUGUCUUCGCAAACUGUCACUGAGCUCAAGAACUGGUAUGAGCAUAAGCUUCAUAAUCCCCUCAUUUUUCGCGCCAUCAACCAGUCGCUCUCGAAGAUUCCUUUGGGAAUUUGGAAUACAACACCGGACAUCCCUGACGGGCAAUUGAGACGUGAGACUGUGAAGCCAUCAAUUAUUCAUUUACUUAUCUCUAUUUACAGUGCUGAGGAGCGAGACAACAUCCGGGUGAGAGAGCUUCUGCAGAUUGAGCUCGAAGGUGUCGGCCCAAAACGCAACAAUGACAUCUACAACCGUGAGAAGCGAGGGCUCCAGCGCCGCCAGUGGACUUUGCGAAAACAGGUGCAACGUGACGCCAAUCUCAACAACUACGACAAUCUUCGAGCUGAGAUCGAGCUCAUCGGAGAACAGAAUCAGGUCUCCCUUGACAGGGAACGUCAGAUUCGUACUGAUAUCCAACGUCUGCAAGGAGAACUUGCAAUUGAUAAACGUCGUCAUGAACUGAAGCAAGAAAUUGCUCAGUUGCGUGAGGAGGCUGCAGCGGAGGCCGCGCUUCGUCGAAACCUCCGGAUCCAGAAAGAGGAGACCGAUGCGAAAGCCAAUGCCCUCCGCGCUACUUCUUUAUCUGGUGUUCGGAUACAGGGUUGUCGCAAGGAUUCUAGACCAAGCAACCCAGACACGGCAGCGACUGAUCGCAGCGGCAUAGACUGUGAGUAUUUGAACCAUGUUUCUUGUUUGUGGCACUCAAGCUAG